CUCUGUGUGGACGGGGCCAGGCACCAAAGAGCUUUUAUAAAGCACUAUGAGAGACUUUCGUACGACAGAGCAGCUUUGGACAGGAUGCACCAGGAGGCAAAGGAAGAAGGAAAGCUGGUUCUACUUGAGUUCCAGGCAUACCAGAGGACCUUCAGGCUGAGACUACGGAGGGACCCGACAGUUUUUGCAAGGGGCUUUGAGAUCACCAGAAAGGGGGCCUUGGGGCCCACGGAUGUCUCUUUCGUUUACUCCGGAGACCUGGAAGGAGAGGCUGGUUCUUCCUGCCAUGGGUCCAUCAUCGACGGCCUUUUUGAGGGCUUCAUCCAGACACGGAACGGCACCUACUACAUUGAAUCCGCUGGGACGCCGCUCGGGAACCAGAGUUCGCCAGACCAAUUGCUCAUCCACCACGAAAGUGACUUAGACUAUGAGCUUUGGGGAAAUCCCGAAUCGGCGUCUCUGGCUGCGGGAAUGCACCGACGCCUGCAGGAUGCCCAGCGGGAACUCGCAGUGGAGAGUAACAACUUGCGAAGGCAGAAGAGAAGCUUGGAUUAUUCAAAGACCUCUUGCCUCCUCCACCUUGAAGCAGAUUAUCUUUUCUUCAAAAGGUUUGGCUCCAUAGAAGCUGUGAUCGCCCAGAUUGCCAGCUAUGUCAGAGCAGUAAAUGCCGUUUAUGAACAGGCAGAAUUUGAUGGAAUCAGGAAUAUCGACUUCAAAGUGAAGACCAUCAACAUCAUCGAAGAGGAGAGCCGCUCAGACUCCAUGGAGUCGUCUUUCAUCAGUCCGGAGAUGCUUCUCUGGCUUCACUCCAAAACCAACUGGAACAGCUAUUGCCUGGCUUUCCUCUUGACUGACAGGGAUUACAGUGGCAUCCUGGGGAUUGCUUUCAACGGGCUACCUGGUGACACAGGAGGAAUUUGCUCCAAGCACCAGGUCUUCCGGAACCAGGAGGUCUCGCUGAACACGGGUCUGAUCACGCUGCAGAAGUAUGGCCAGCUCCUACCUCCUAGGAUGAUCCACUUCACGCUCGCCCAUGAACUUGGACACAGCCUGGGUGCUUAUCACGACGAGAGCAAAGAGUGUUCCCAAGUCCACAUUGACACCACCUACGGGAAGUACCUGAUGUUCGGCUAUGCCUCGGAGACGUGGGAAUUCAACAAUGACAAAUUCUCCCCCUGCAGCAUAGCCUUUAUUUCUAAAAUCCUGAGAAUGAAGAAAGAUCUGUGCUUCGUGGAAACAGACCGGCCCAUUUGUGGGAACCAGAUUGUGGAUCCUGGAGAGGAGUGCGACGUCGGUAGCGAGGACACAGAUCCUUGUUGCUACGGCGCUGGUGAGCCCAGGGGGAUCCGGUGUCGGCUGAAACCAGGAGCUCUGUGCAGUCCCAGCCAGGGACUCUGCUGCAGCCGCGAAUGUGUCCACAAGCUCCAAGGGGAACGGUGCCAGAAGGAGACGGAGUGUGCUUCCGAAAGCGUCUGCUCCGGAUCCACGGCCAAAUGCCCAGCGCCCCUCCCAAAAGCCAACUUGACUCUUUGCAGCAAGAAGUCACGUGUGUGUUUGAAUGGGCUCUGUGUGGGAUCCCUCUGCAUUCAGCAUGGUCUGGAACAAUGCGACUGCGUCUCCAGCUCCCUGAGAGAGAGGUGUCGUCUCUGUUGCCAGCUGCCAGGGUGGGCCGAAUCCUGCGCCAGCACCAGUUCCCCUGCUUGGGACCGUUUCUUCAACGGCUCAGAAAUCCUCCUGAUUCCAGGCUCCUCGUGUGGAGGCCAGACGGGCUACUGUGACCAGUUUCACACCUGCCGUUUCGUCGAUGAAGACGGGCCGAUAGCGAGGGUGAAGAACUUCAUCUUGAAUUUCAUUGAGAUGGAGGAUAUCGCCACCUGGAUGAAGACCCGCUGGUGGGCAGUCCUUCUCGUGGUCUUGACUCUGGCUGCCAUGAUGGCUGGGACCGUCUUUCUUUUUGGAAGGACAGUGGACACAGAAACAGAAACAGAUGACAGAGCUGUAAGGGGUUCCGAAAAGAAGGUUGCUGUCCCCCAGUCCUCCGAGAAGAGACAGACGUUCUUCUACUGGGAACAUGAGGAGACCUAUAUCGAGACAAUGCACCUGGAGUAUGAGACCAUCAUCUAGAAUCCAGUUCAUCCAGUAGGCCACUCAGGCUGCAGAUCUAGCGUUCGAAUCUUCCCUUUCCAUUUACACACUGCAGGGAUUCUAGCACGACCGAAAAACACAACCGCAGUGCAGAGCUAUGCAAAUAAAGGGGCUGGUUUGAGUCUCAGUGUCUGGUGUCUCCAGGGUGGAGAGCCUAGAAUGUUGGUGCCAGAGGGACCUUGGAGGUCAUCUAGUCCAACCCCCUGCUCAGCUAGAGCGAGAGGAGAGCUGGUCUUGUGGUAGCAAACAUGACUUGUCCCCCAGCUAAGCAGGGUCUGCCCUGGUUGCAUAUGAAUGGGAGACUACGUGUGAGUACCAUAAGAUAUUCCCCUCAGGGGAUGGAGCCGCUCUGGGAAGAGCAUCUAGGUUCCAAGUUCCCUCCCUGGCAGCAUCUCCAAGAUAGGGCCGAGAGAGAUUCCUGCCUGCAACCUUGAAGAAGCUGCUGCCAGUCUGUGAAGACAAUACUGAGCUAGAUAGACCAAUAGUCUGACUCAGUAUAUGGCAACAUCCUAUGUUCCUAUCCUUAACAGAUGGCUGCCCAGCCUCUGUUUGAAAACCUCAAGAGGAGUCAUCUGCUAUGUGAGGAAACUGUUCCAGUGAGGAAAUUCUUCCUAAUGCCUUGCCUGAAUCUGCUUCCUUGGGGUUUCAGCCACCAAUUCUAGUCCACAGGUGUGACAGAGAACAAGCCCGCUCCUCCUCCAGGACAGCCCUUUAGAUAUUUGAAGAUGGCUCUCCUAUCCCACCCUGAGUCUUCCCUUCUCCAGGCUAAACAUACUCUGCUCCGUCAACCAUUCCUUAUAGGUCUUGGUUACCAGAUCUCUCUCCAUCUUGGUGGCUCUCCUCUGAACCCCUUUGAGUUUAUCAACAUCCUUCUUAAAAUGCAGGCCCUGAACACAGGAUCCCAAGUGAGUUCUGACCCGCCCAAGGGGAAUGAUAACUCCUCGUGAUAGGACACUAUACUUUGGUUAACACAACCUACAAUUAUGUUAGCCUUUUUAGCUGCUGCACCACUGAUUUAGCUUUCACACCAGAAGUAGCACCAGGGACCCUAUCACCUUGGCUUCCUCCUGUAGAGGGGAAUGGCCAGUAUUCAUUCCUAUGGGAAAAAGCAAGGUCUAUACUUGUGGCAACAUCACAGGGAGGGCAAAACAUUCCCUCUGCCAAUUUUGCCCACCCCAGCAAUAGAGAGUCUCAUUUCCACUAGCAGACAGUGUUACAGGGGUUGGCCUCUAGAAUCAAGAGUUUUGCCACCUCCUGACAAAAACUGAGCUUUGCAGUCAAGGGUUAAACAUCUGCUCCAUUGUGGCCAACAAAAUCUACUCAGCUGCUGAAUUCUUAUGUAGAAUGGUGGUGGACGUGUGCUAUGCACUUUAUUUCCCAAAUCUUUUAUUAUAUGGAGACUCCCCCCCAACAAUAAAUUUACAGAUGUGUACCUCUGAGUGUUGCUUCUUCAUUUUUUAUUUCUCUCCCUCCCUCUCUCUCCCAUUUACAUACAAACCAUUUAACAGUGCAGCCUACUUCCCUUCUCCGCUAGGCAUAGCCCCAUCUGUUCCCAAGCUGUACCUACCGACACUUUCCCCAAGCUUCUGAACUAUUGGAGUAUUAGUAAGCAUUCUGUAACGCUUCAACAGCUG